AUGUUCUUGGUGAUGGUGUUGAGUUUUGGAAAAUGGUUUUAUCAAACUCUAAGACCAACUCAAAUGGGCUUGUCACUUAACCUGGCUUGUGCUUUUUAUGAACCUAAGUUAGUUACUGAGUUUGUUGGUGAAUUUCUACAUAAGGAUAUAUCGAGACCACUAUCGGACCAAGAUCGUAUCAAGACAACAUUGAGAGGGGUAAGAGUGGAAGUUAGGAGACAUGAUUACAUGAGACAUUACAAGGUUGAUUCUUUAACAGUUCAACCAACUAGGAGACAUGAUUACAUGAGACAUUACAAGGUUCAUUUGUUAACAGUCCAACCAACUAAACAACUAACAUUUAUUGUUCAUGACACUAGAGCGACAAUAUCUCUUGUUGAGUAUUAUUGGGGGAAAUACAACAUUAAUCUUCGGUUUCCACACCUUCCAGCAAUCCAAGCUGGCACAAAUACUAAACCGAUCUAUCUACCAAUGGAGAAAAUGCGCCUAGGAGGUAGUUUGGAUUUCUGGGCUGUCAUCAACUUUUCACGUCACGGGGAAGUUGCGGUUAGGCCAAGAAUUACUAAGGCGUGUGCAUCAUUGGAGGAAGGGUAUUUGCCUCCUGUUACAUUUGUUGUAGUUCAAAAGAGGCAUCACAUGUUGGAAUCAACCCUAUUAACCUGA